CAACGAAGCGCAGGGGGCGGGACGACUCUCGGCAGCGCCAUCGCGCGCCUUCUAGUGGCAGCGGGUUUCGAGGCGGGCCUCAGGCUUUGAAGCUCAGCACCGCGUCCCCUUCCCUCUCCCCUCAGCCUGGCUCACCGCACAGCGCCAGGCGAGAGGCGACGCCUCGAGGUUAAACGGAGGAGGUGCAGGACGCGGAGGCUGCGAGGGCGGGUGCGAUGGCGGAUGAACAGGUGAACGGUAGCGCCGGCCUGGCCCCCGACUUUACGGCCCCGGAGACUACAGAAUGCACAGCUUCCUCUGUGGGGACCUGCGAAGCCGCCGCCACAUCACCGGAGCCCAAGGACUACGACGGCACCUGCGUGUUCUGCCGGAUCGCAGGGCGGCAGGACCCGGGCACCGAACUCCUGCACUGCGAGAAUGAGGACCUAGUUUGCUUCAAAGAUAUCAAACCAGCAGCAACUCAUCAUUAUCUUGUGGUGCCAAAGAAGCACAUUGGAAACUGCAGAUCUCUAGGGAAAGAUCAAGUAGAACUGGUUGAGAACAUGGUAACUGUUGGAAAAACCAUUCUUGAAAGGAAUAAUUUCACUGACUUCACAAAUGUGAGGAUGGGUUUUCAUAUGCCUCCAUUCUGUUCUAUUUCCCACUUGCACCUUCAUGUUCUGGCACCAGUGGAUCAGCUUGGCUUCUUAUCCAAGUUGGUUUAUAGAGUCAAUUCCUAUUGGUUUAUCACAGCUGAUCAUUUGAUUGAAAAACUAAGAACAUGAAAAUGUCAACAGUAGAAGAUUUUUCUAAUUUUGGCUCAGCAUGAAGUAAUAUUUAGGUCCCUUUUAUGUCUAAUUGCAAUUUUAAGGUUUGUUGGGUUUUAUGAGAGGAUAUUACUGAGUGGCCUUAAAUCUUUUCUGAAUGUCUAUUUCCUGAGAUCUGUGUUACACUUAUAAGAAUAUUUUGUUACUGACUUAUUUGUUUCAAUGAUUACUUGUUUUAAGGCUUUUAUAUAUAUGAUACUAUAGAUAAAAUCCUAUUUAAGACAAAUUCUAUUAAUCAAGAAGGGCUCUGUAUUUUUUUAAGUUAAAUAUUUUCAUUUCUCAUUGGUCAAUUAUAAUAGUGAUUUAUUUAUGAAGAAUAAACUACUAUAGAAAGUACUUUAUUGGAACCUUCAUUACUGUGAAGGAGAAAAAUAACUUAGCUAUUUCUUGACAGUUCUAUAGUUUUACACAUAAAUUUUCAAAAUAAAGAAUACCAUACUACACAAUAAUCUCUGAUCUUGUUGAGGGAAGUAAUUAUAUAUUUGCCGCUUUUUCCUCAAAUUUCAGAUGCCAGUUUUCACUUCUUGAAGCUUUGAAUCUUUUUAAUAAAUCUAUUCUGAAAGCUAUAUAAUAUAUAUAAUUUCUAUCAGUGAAUUUACAACAACUGUCAAAUUGGCUAUCAGAAUUCACUGUAAUGGAAUUUGUCUGUAAUAACAUAAAGGGGGAAGAAACAUAAAGUGGUUCUCUUAAUAAAACUAGCAGAAACUGUUGCUUUAUGGCAUGUUUUUGUAUCAAAGAGAAAUCAGAAUAAAAAGCGGUUAAACUUUGCUUUUUAUCAUGAAAAAGGCAUUUGAAAGUAGAGAUGGGCUUAGAUGAGAAAAUUUGAUAACACAAUGCUAUAUUAUUGAUACAUCAUUUUAUGAGGCAUAUUUUGUUAGAAAUUGUUUUUUUUGGUGCUAAUCUGCAGUCACAAUAGUGAAUAUGAAUGAAGAGUAUGAAUGAAUGAAAGUUAAUCCUACAUUGUGCCAAUGUAUAAUAGUACCAUGUAUACGAGUAUGAAUAAAUGAACAUGAGGAUUAAUGUAAUGUUGAAAAUAGGCUGAUAUACUAGUUUUCUUUUUCAGAGGGGGCAUAUAUUAAAUAUGGUUUUAAGUAACAAAUUACUUAUUACAAAGUUACAACAUGUGAAAUCAAUACUGUUUCAUUUGUUCAUUAAUUUAUUCAUUCAGCAAACAUUUGUUGAGCAUUUAAUGUGUACCAGACAUUGCCUGGAUCAGGAGAUAAAGAAAUGAAAACAGACAAUUCAGCCUGCAAUUGCUAGUACAGGGGUCAAACAAAGUCAAUGAUUAGAAUUUAGUGUGUUAAGUGCUAUGAUGCCACAGAAGAGGCUGUGAAGGGAGAAACACUUCUGAGAAUGGGUGGUAGUAGAACUGAAUAUUUAAGACUGAAUGUUAGGUGUGUAGACAGUGACUGGUUAGGCCGAGAAACGCACAUGUAUUUUCCUUGAGUUCUGCUUCCACUGUUACUUACUUUACAGUGGAUGUGAAUGUCCAGAUUUCAUCUUAUUUACUGAAGGUGGAGAAAGGAUAUGGAAGAAGGGGUUAUGGUUUCUCAAAAGUGGAUUUAGAGGUUUUUUAUCACCAUUUUGUGAUAUAGUUCACUGAGCACUUACACAGAUUAACAGUUACAAGUUUCUAUAAAUGAGUUAGAAUAUAGUUAUUCGAUUCUAAAUCAGUUGGAAUAAAGUCAGCUUCAGGGAAGGAAUUUUCAACAAGUGCAAACUUUGAUUGUUUUACUAUGGGAACUUGCAGUGAUAUAAUUGACAGCAUUAUAACAAUAACAGGUAGAGUAUAUAAGAAACUCCCAAAUGCCUUACGGAACUCUUCGAAAAUGUGGUUAGCCAAUUGAUUCAACUUUUAUAGGUUUAUAUGCUCUCAUAUAAACCAAUUUUUAAAAACCCUUGGAAACACAUUUUUUAGUAGAAGUUCUCAUUUACUUAUAAAGAUUAAUAAUCAAAUUACUACAAUUAAUAUCCAUUUGGCCUUUUCAGUAGUCUGAAUAUCUAGCCAUCUGUAACACUAAUUCAUCUAGCCAAUUCAAAACAAGGCUAAUUCAUAACCUGUCUUAAAAAUGUUUGAAGUAGUAUUAAGAACAUUGUUUAUGCAUGUUAUGAUACUAUUUGUGGAAGUGUAAAAUUAUUAUCAUGAGUAUUUUAAACUGUGCUUACUUAGCUAGAAGAAAAUAAAAUAAAAAUGAAAAAAUACUGUCAAA